GUUGCUUGGUGCGCACCCCAGCCGGCCUGCCAGCCCCGUGCCAGUAAGCGGCAGUGGUAGAUAUGGCUGCUGUCCUGCAGCGCAUUGAACGGCUGUCCAGUCGGGUGAUUCGCGUCCUGGGCUGUAACCCGGGUCCCAUGACUCUGCAGGGCACCAACACCUACUUGGUGGGGACCGGCCCCAGGAGAAUCCUCAUUGACACUGGAGAACCAGCCAUUCCAGAAUAUAUCAGCUGUUUAAAGCAGGCGCUGAAGGAAUUUAACACAGCGAUCCAGGAAAUCAUAGUGACUCACUGGCACCGUGAUCAUAGUGGAGGCAUAGAAGAUAUUUGUAAAAGCAUCAGUAAUGACACUACAUACUGCAUUAAAAAACUCCCCCGGCAUCCUGAGAGAAAAGAAGUUAUUGGAGAUGGAGAGCAACAGUAUGUUUAUGUGAAAGAUGGAGAUGUGAUUAAGACUGAGGGCGCCACUCUUCGAGUUAUAUACACACCUGGCCACACUGAUGAUCAUAUGGCCCUGCUUUUGGAAGAAGAAAAUGCCGUCUUUUCUGGAGAUUGCAUCCUGGGGGAAGGAACAACUAUAUUUGAAGACCUCUAUGAUUAUAUGAAUUCCCUGAAAAACUUAUUAAAAGUCAAAGCUAAUGUUAUAUAUCCAGGACAUGGCCCAGUAAUCCACAAUGCUGAAGCUAAAAUUCUAGAAUACAUUUCUCAUAGAAAUAUCCGAGAACAGCAAAUUCUUACGGUAUUUGACGAGAACUUUGGAAAGUCAUUCACAGCAAUGGAGCUUGUAAAAAUGAUUUACAAGAAUAUUCCUGAGCAUUUACAUAAAAUGGCCAAAAACAAUGUCUUGCUUCAUUUGAAAAAAUUAGAAAAAGAUGGGAAAAUAUUUAGCAACAUGGAUCCUGACCAGAAGUGGAGAGCUCAUCUUUAGUUUCUGAUUAAUAAAAGCUUUUCUUGUGCUGUUUUUAGACAAUGGUAUGUUUUGUUAACUAGGAAUUAUUCACAGAGAAUAUAGCUUACACAAUAUAAAAAUAACCCUAGAUAUACUUUAAAAUAACAUUGUAUUUAUUCUAAAAUAUGUAAAUUAUAUUUUACACCUAUAAUAUUGGCUAUCUAACCUAGGUCUUAUAAUAUUUUACCAAAAAUUCAAAAUCCAAUCAUUUAUCCAUUUUCAAUAGGUAAAAGAAAUAGUUUCUUUUAAAAUAAUAAAAUAUAUGUAAUUCAAACUGGAUAUUAUUUUGGAGGAUUAUUUAUGUAUUACCAGCAGUCAGUAAUACUGUUUUUUCUAGCUGCUUCACUUAACAACACAGAUUUCAGUGUAAUCUUUUCUUUUCCACAACUUUUGUCUAUAUCUGUAGAUUACAGGUUUGUUUUCAUGUUUCUCUCAAUUAUAUCAUGAUAAUGUAUCAGUUCUAUAGCCCUGUGUCAUGUAUAUUCUUCUUAUAAUGGCAUCCCACAAGUGAUUCAUGUAAAUCAACGUUUGGUGUUAGAAAAAUAUUAAAUUUCCAGUUAAAGUCAUUGCAUAUAAAUAAUUCUUUCUGUCAUCUAUUAAUAUAACUAACUUACUUUCCAAAUUUAGGUUUUAGAAUAUAGUCAUUAACAUAUAUGAAUCAUAUAUCAAAAGGCAGUGACUAUUGCUCUUGGAAUGGAUUUACAGUGAGAUCCUACUGUGUAGCAUUGAGAACUAUGUCUAGAUACUUACAUCGCAACACAGCAAUGGGAGGAAAAAGUAUGUAUACAUGUAUGUGUAACUUGAUCCCCAUGCUGUACAGCAGAAAAAAUAAAAAUCAAUCGAUCAAAAAAAAAAAAAA